AUGAGUAGCGGGGUCUCUAAUUCGGUUCGGAAAACAUCGGGUGUGCAAGACCGGAUUCCGAAAGUUUCAGUGACAGGCAUAAAAAAAAGCCUCUCUGGGCGUAAAUUUGAAAACUUUGAAUCCUUUCAAUCGGGCUCGUUUAAUCAGAAGGGUCAACCAGAUCCUAAAGAGGGGGUGCUAAAAUUUGCUGAGGUGGAGUCAACACCACUUUUACGAGACGUUACUUACCUUAACGAGCUUUGCAAAUCGAUAUUGCGUUUAGUGUGUGUUAAUGAAAAAAUUCUUAACAUUCUACUCAGCCUUCAAGUGGAUUUGUUUAUUUCAAGGGCUUUGGACCUGAAUGCACAUAAUGAUGAAGAAAGGAUAGAAGCUCUGAAGCUUUCUGCAGUUAUGCUUCAAGUUUAUAACAGGUCUGUCAGAAAAAGCAGGGGUUCAGUGGAGUGUGAGUCUUAUACAUCUCGAGAAAUCCCAGGAAUAAGGACAUCUCUAUUUCCAAAGUCUGUACUUCUUCCAAUUUUUCUCAUCGCUAAAUCUGCCUUUUCUGAAAUGGAGGAAGAUGUGUCUCAGCGGAAGAAUGAUAAGCUAGCUUUGCCCUGUUUUGCUGUAUUUCUGGAGACCGCUGUUAAUGAUCCUUUUCUUGUUAUUGACGUCGCUGGCACUGGAUGGAUAGUUGAUGCUCUACUGAUACCGAAUAACAAGUGGGUUUCAGUACUUGUUUGUCGCAUUUUAUGCUUAUGGUUGGAUUGCCCUCGACUUCGUACAGAAGCUAAGCUAAACACCGUUUUGGAACAACUUUUCGCGCCCAUAGUCGAAAUAGGGUUCUUCCAGUCCGUGACAGUAGGAGAACUGAAGGCUUCUGAGGAAAGGGUUCAGAACAUCCUCGAUUCUUGCUUUGAAGUUCUGCUCAAUUUACUUACAACAUGGUCUGGGCUGUAUUCUUGUGUGUCUUCCGACCGUUACGGAAAAACCAUUGUUGCGUCUCCAUUUAGGCUUCUUCAGUAUCUUGGCUCUGGAACAGUGGUAAACAAAGUCUUAAAGAAGAUGCGAGACCUUGUUGUCAAUUUAUGUUGUGAAUUAACGGACUGUCCGUAUGCUGGGAAAAGUUUUGAGUCAUGGAUUGACGCUGUUCAUUAUUAUUCCUCAAAAGAUUUCCCAGAUCCUUACAAAUGCUCUUUACGGGAAGACUUUAUACUUGCGGAACAUAAGUAUUCUUUAUCACAUUCACAGGAAAUUCUAAAAAAAGUUGAUCUGUUGAAGUCGUUUCGAAGCUUAGCCUUGUUCUUUCUUGUCGAUGCAGGAGUUUUACAGGUAAUUCUUAGGAAUCAAGAAAUAUUUCAAAAACUUAAACUUAUUUGAAA